GAUUUAAAAUUCUGAAUUUUUGUUUUGUGUUUACAAAGUUCCUGGCUGUACUAGACAAAAUCAACUGGAAAUGGAAUAAAUAGACCAGUCAAUCAUGUAUUCGGCAUUUAUAUAAUAAAUUAUCCAUAUUCAUUACUAGUUUGUAUAUCAUAUUUAGCCAUGCGGGCUGAUUCUCCUGUUUUAUCGCCAGAUGCUUUGUCUUCAUUAUUGAGCCAAAGCCUGCCAAUACACAUCAGCGUAGAGACUGUGACCAACAACCCCCAGCUUGGUCAACUGCUGGAGAGCCUCACUGAGCACCUCACGCCAACUGCUGUGCGCUCAUCCACCCAACAACAUUUGAACAAUGCCACUGCUGCUCUAAAACAUGCAAGGUUGGCAUACAUGGAACAAGCUGCUCUGUCCCACUACAUGUUAUCUGCCAUACGGUCAACAAAUGCUCCAAAUGUUUUGCAACCGAUAGAAGACUUGUAUGCUCUAGCGGAGCUUACAGGCUCAUUGAAGCUUCCAUUCAAGUCCCAGGAGGCAACCACAAAUUCUGAUCACAACAGCAACACAGACGACACUCCACCUCUCACAGCCAUGGCCAUCAGUAAAACAUUCAACAGCAGCACUCAUUCUCACAUCUCUUCUGAGAGUAGCAGCCACAACUCUUAUGCAGGACUGAGCUCUUUAAUGAACUGCAGCAAGAGUUCUAAUAUGGGUCGGCUUGCUGAUAAUUCUACACACAGCUCCUCUGAUAAUAUCUGUUCUUGCUGUGAUAACAAACCUUGUUCUGAAGUUGCCAAUGCUCUCAAGUACAAACCUGAAAAGGUUCGGGACCCAGUGACUUAUCAGCUGUGCAGUCCUAAAACGCUGACAGAAAAAGCAGCAAGACUCUGUGCUGGCAGCAGAGUUUCUUCUUUGCUGGCACAACACACCAGCGACCGCAUCGUGACUGCCUGGCAAAAAAUCCGAUCCUGUAUCCUCCUGCCUGACGACUCUGCUGGUGAGGAGACCGCCGUGCCGCGCCUGCUGAGCCUCAGCGACCAGUGCUGCAGCAGCGCCCGCCUCCUGCACUCCUCCUGCAUCAUCACACACGUCCUCCUGCU